AGUGGGGCAACCCGGCAUGAAGCGCGAAUCAGUAUAGUCUUGAAACCGAACCAGUUGGUGACGGAUAGUGUCUGUGUUCUCUUUAGUGCGGUUUUAAUUAACGAACAGUUGAGUUUUAACUCCUCCUGUGUUAAAAAAUGAGCUGGCAGGAUUAUAUUGACAAGCAAUUGGUCGCAUCUAAAUGUGUAACCAAAGCGGCUAUCGCCGGACAUGACGGAAAUGUCUGGGCAAAAUCGGAUGGCUUCGAAGUUAGUAAAGAGGAACUCGCGAAGCUUGUCCAGGGUUUUGCUGAACAGGAUAUUUUAACGUCGUCGGGAGUUACCUUAGCUGGCAAUAGGUAUAUUUACCUGUCAGGUACAGAACGUGUGAUUAGGGCAAAACUGAACAAAGUUGGCGUUCAUUGCAUGAAGACGAGCCAAGCGGUAGUUGUAUCCCUUUACGAGGACCCCAUUCAACCACAGCAAGCUGCCUCCGUCGUCGAAAAAUUGGGCGACUACCUUCUGUCCUGUGGCUAUUAGUGACCACUGGGAUCCAACACAAAUAUCUAAUAAUAAUAAUAACGAUACGGACGAUGAUUUUUUAAAUGACAGCGAAUGAAAUGAUCGCGCCGUGCCGCACGAGACGCGCCAAAGCUGCCGCACAAGUCUGCCGCUUUGAAAAAAUGAUGAAAAAAUCAUCAUCAUCAUUAUCAUCGUCGUCGUCAUUGGCAGCAACGUAAGCCAGUCAUCGUUCUCUCUUCUUCAAGUCGACAUGAAACAUUCGCGAAAACGAAAGAAACACAUCUCACACAAACACUCACACGCAAUUCGCUCCCACUUUUCCACCCCCCCUUUUCUUUAACCUCACUCUCUCUCUCUCUCUCCUUCAAAUAAUUUUCUUUCUUAAUCUUUCCAUUAUUAUUGUUAUCUUUCUUUUUUCUCCUUGUCUCUCGUUCUCUUUUCCUUAUAGAUAUUGAAUUAAAACACUCCGUGUGGGGUCGAUUUGAAAAUUGCGUUUCUGUCGAGUUAAAAAAAAAAAACAAAUAACAAAUAAUAACUAAAUCCAUCGAGCGCAACGGUGCGACUUGAACCAAAAUUUUGUAUUUUUGAUCGCUUACGCGGCGCUUUGUUGACGAGGAAAUGAAAAACACACAUACAUACACACACACGUAACUAAGUUAAGUGUAACAAUAAUAAUUAUUAUAAUUAAUAUUAAACUAUUGUAUUAGGUUACAGUUUUUUGUAGCUGCGAUAAAAAAGUAUGCGAGAGCGAUAGAAAGAGAGAGAGAAAGGUGUUUAAAGAAAGAGGUAAGAGAGAGAAAGUGAUAAAUAAAAAGAUUAUAGAAGAGGAUAAAAAAUGGAAUUGAGAAAAGAGAGAGAGGAUUUCUAAAUGAAAAAAUAUGGAGCCUCGGAGAGAAAGUGAGAACGAAUGAGAGAGAGAGAAAGAGAGAGAAGAAAAUAGGAGAAUCCUUUUUUUAAAUGGAUGUGCGUGUGCGUGACUGUGCAGAGAUGAGAGAAAGCUUUCUUAUGACGAAAAAAAGCUCUUGAAGAAAAGAUAAAACGAAGUACAGGACGAGUAUGCGGCGGCGCGAGUAACACUUGCUGGAUCAGAAAAAAAAUAAUUUUUUUUUUUUAAACUGGCUACGUAUGUUCUCGCUAAUUAUAAAUGCGCGCGGCCCCUUUUUAGCUAUUUACUUGUCUUUAUUAAUUGCUAUGUGUAAGGAAAAAAAAACAAAUGGAAAAUUCGCUAAAAAAAAAAAAGAAGAAAUUGAUGAUAAUGAUGAUGAUUAAAGAAGAAAUUGAAAGAUAAUAUGUGGAAAAAAAUAAAGAAAAGAAAUGAGAGGAAUGACGAACGACAUGUCAUAUUGCUGAGAUUUUUAUCGAAAAGUUGGGCGUGGUAGCUGAGGAUGAAAGGGCGAGUCGCGACACGAAUCUACACCUACAUUUUAAUAUAAUAUAUACACACACACACACACUCUCGAUACAUACACUUAUACAUAAACAAUUUUCAAAUAUACACACAAAAACACAAUAAUUGUGAGAGAGAAAUAAGAAACCGCGAUGUAAAUGUCAAUGGUACACGAAGGAAAUCGUCUCUCUUAUAUAUAUAUAUAUACUCGGUGAAAGAAAAAAAAAUCCAAGAGAAAUAGAGACGAUUCUUAAAAUAAAUGCAAUUUCCAUAGGUAGGUGGGAAAAAAUUGGUUUUAUCAUUUUUUAAAUACUCGAAAAUUUUUUUUAAAUAAAACUACUUUUAAUUUUGAUAAAAAAAAAUUUUUUAAAUAACAUAUUUUACAGAAAUUUUUUCUUGGCAAAAAUAAUAAUUUUUAAAAAAAAGAGCUUGUGUGCCAUAUGAAAGAGCCUAAAGAAAAAAAAAAAAUUGUGAUACCGAAGAAUAAAACAUUGCGGAUUAUUUCCCCCUCGCGUGAAUCUGUGACUGCGACCAUUUUUCCCCAUAAUUGAUUCGUUGUCACUCGGAUGAUACUGACUAUUAAACUACUACUAUUAUUACUGCUAUCGCUACUAUUAAACUAUUACUCUGGUUGCUUGUCGAUUCGUGUGAUGCCAAGCAGCGGCCCCCCCGAAAACUAUUAUGUAAUAAUUUUUAUUUACAAAGAAAAAUGAAAAAAAAAAAAUUAAACUAUAAAAUAAUAUCUAAUUGUCGAGGAGAUUUAAAUGACGCAAUUAAAGACAUUUCAGUCGUUCUUUCUUUUUUUUUUUGUCGUUUAUUAUAACUAAUUCCCUUAAAAAAAAAAAAAAAAACGAAUGUCUGUGUCGUUCGUAUGAACUGUGCGCGCGAUCCAACGUCGAAAUGAGGGAGAAAACCUCGAAUCUUUCACGAAAAAAACGUUAUAGUCGAUUUCUUCUCUUAAAUGAAAUUAAAUAUAUUCAUUCGUUAAAAACGUAAUUUUGUUUUUGGUGAUUUUAAGUUUUUUUUUUUUUUAAUGUGAUUUUGAUUGAUCUGAUUUUGGAACUAAUUUUCAUCUGAAGAAAUAAUAGUUAGAUUUAAAAAAAAUAAUUCAAGAUCUGUUUGUGUUUUUUUGAUGUUUGUUGAUUAUUGUAUUUUGUAAAGAUUGAUAAUUUCUCCUUUUUCGACGAUCGGUCGGGGUGUAUUUAUUUUUAAAGAACGGGACAAUGAGAGAAAGGGCGAGAGAGAGAGAGAGAGAGAGAGAGAGAAUAGAGUGAGAGAUAAAAGAAAGGGCGAAAAGCGGAAAAAGAACUCCGACGUUUAAGUGUAGCUUUGUAAAAUGAAACUUUCUCCGAACAUUUUUUUUUUUGCAUACGUCGAAAGUAAGAUUGUGUUAAGAGAGUAAUAAAUUUGUAUAAAGUGGUGUACAACGCGUGUUUACUUUGACCUAAAAGAAAAACAAAAGUAGACAAAUUUUUACCUUUUGAAAUAAGUAUAAUUUUCAUCUUAAAUAAAUGAGAAAAAAUUUAUCUUUAA